UGAAGAAAAAAUUAAUCAUAAUUGGUUAAGCUAAAUAAAAAAUAAUUACUCCAAAGUACUGGCUCACUUGCGUCCCCUGACCGCACAUCACUGGUAACUAUGGCAACCAGUGACAGUUUAAAAGCCCACUGACUCUUUCUGCAGUCAGGUGGUGCGCGCAUCCAUCCUGUUAAUAAAAAAAAAAAAAAACAUCAGACUGAAUAUCAAACGACACUGUGACGUCACACUGUGACAUCACAACGUGACUCCAAAGGCAGAAUUCUGACAUCACCAGCCAUUAUAUAAGCUUCUCACAUCAUCAACUUUCAUCACAGCCUUUAGAAGCCUUAUUGAUACAUACAGAAUAUCUUUAGCAGUUUACAGAUUUACAGCUUUGUUUGGUGCAAAUUUCCUUUGGUGAUUUACAUCAACCUUACAGUGAAAUCUUAACCGAGAUUCUAGAGAUUUGAUUUUAACUUAGAACCUAAAAGAAGCAAAGCUUAUGAUGGAGACCAACCAGCCUAAGGUCGAGGAGACUGAAUUCGACAUCAUUGAAAGAGAAUUGCAGCUACCCAACCGACCCAAGCGCAAGAGGAAGAAGGUGCCUUUUGCUGUCUGGUUGGAGCAGCAAGAGAUGAAAACUUCUGUUGAAAAUAUCGAACAGCAGGAGGUUUCAUCUGUGAUGGAAAAUGGAUCGAUCACCCAACCUCUGGAGGUAGUCGAUCAUAAAGGGGACAGACCAACACAUGACAGUGAGCCUAUUGAGGAGAACCUGGUACCGACUAAAACCUGGACAGAGGAACACGCCCCAGCUGACCAAGAGAUUUCUGCUGGAAACAUUGAGAAGCAGAACGAAUCCCUGGUCAGCGGAGAAGAGUCCACCGUUGGAGGGCAGGAGAAAAUAGAAAUAGUAGAGAAGGAACAGCCCUCCAUGUCUGAGGAACAUCCACCAAGGACCAGGCACAAUAAGAAGAAGAAAAUACCAUUCAGUGUCUGGUUGGAGACACACGCCCCUGUUGAUCAAAGGAUUUCCUCUGAGAUUACUGGAACGGAAGAAACUUCACUGGAUACCAAACAAGAAUUGAUCUCCGUACCUCAGGAGACAACAGAGAAGGAACAGCCCCUUAAGUCUGACACUGAAAAGUUUUUUACUGAGAACACUGACAUUAAUAAUGGACCUCUGCUGGAAAGCAAAAGUCUUCAGGCAGCUUCGCCCAGCAGGGGAAAUAAGAUGUUUUGGAAAACGCUGCCCAAGUCAGAACCUCAUGUAGAUAUAACUUUUAUUGCUGAGAAUAUUGAAAUGGAAAAUGUUUCAAUGGCGGCACAAAAAAGUAAUGAGAAAGCUUCCUUGACAGCAACUCAACCAAAGUGUACAUGUGCUGCUAAAUUUAUGGAGACUGAACUGGAAUACAUCAAAUUUAGGAAAUAUUUAAUGAAUCAGCUUGAUGAAAUGUUUGAUACAAAUAAAAAACUGAGUGCGAAACUAAAACAGCAGAAAGAUCUGCUAACGAAAGUCCUCUCAGAGAGACAACAAAGCAGGAAACCAACAGUUUCUGAUUCACAGGAAAACCUAAAACAGAAACCAGUCAGUUAUCAAUCAGUUUCAACUCAAACAGAGAUGGAGGAACCAAAAACCAGUUCCCAUUUAAAACCAGUCCUUAAAACCGUUUCAACGCAAACGGAGAUGGAGAAACCAGAAACCAGCUCCCAGUUAAAACCAGUCUUUAAAACGAUUUCAACGCAAACGGAGAUGGAGAAACCAGAAACCAGCUCCCAGUUAAAACCAGUCUUUAAAACGAUUUCAACGCAAACGGAGAUGGAGGAACCAGAAACCAGCUCCCAGUUGAAACCAGUCCUUCAAACCGUUUCAACUCAAACAGAGAUGGAUGAGCUGGAAACCAGAAGUCACUGGAAACCAGUCUGUGGAACAGUUUCAACUCAAACUGAGGUAGAUGUGUUGGAAUCCAGUUGCCUGUUAAAACCAGUUUAUCAAACAAUCUCGACACAAACUGAGCUCCCUUUACUGCUCCAAGAACAAUCGUCUGAAACACAACAGGAUGGGCAUCAGGAUGGGCAGACCAAGUUAUUGAAGAGAUCAGCAGGUAAGAAGAGGAGAGAGUCAGCAAAGAAAGCUGCCUCUGAAUUGGAGACUCUGAGUAAUGAAACGGUUUCAGAGGCGAACAGAGAACAUCAAGGCAUUCCAGUACCAGAACCAGUUGGUGAUCAGAGAGCUAAAAAUGAGAUAUACUCAAAUGAAACGAUCAUCGGUAAACUUCAUCAGGCGACAGAAGAAGAAACGAUUUGCACAACACAGCAAGGUGAGGACCAACGAGACGAGAGAAAAGCAACCAAAAAAUCUAAACGCAAGAACCAGAGAAAGGCAGCGAUGAAAGCUGCCUGUGAAUUGGAAACAGUCAACAAAGAGAACGUUUCUGUAAAAAACAAGGAACAAGAAGAAGUUUCAAUGCUGGAAAUAGUCAAGGAUCAGAGAGCCACCAUCAUUAUUGAGGUUCAUAAAAAUAAAACAGUGAUUGAUAAACUGCAGCUGGCGACUGAAGAUGAAAUGGUCCCUGAAAAACAACCAAUUGGGGAUCAGCAGGUUGAGAAAAGACCAUUGACCAAAUCAAAAUGUAAGAAAAAGAGAAAGACAGCAGUGAAAUCUGAAAUGGAAAACAAUUUAAACCCAAUAGUGACUGAUCAAAACUUGGUCCAAAACACGGAGACACCAAAACCUGAUGUAGAAACAGCACCAGAGAUCCCACAGACAGCUUUACAGCAAAUAGAGAUAAAACCAGUCAUACUUUCAAAAGAUGUAGCAGAACCAAUCUGUGAACAUCCUGGAGGGGUCAAACCAGAGUCCAGACAUGAAUCUGAUUGGACAUCUCUGCAGAGAGGUGAACAUGGCUGACAGACGUCUCCAUCCAACCUGAUGGAGAAGAACGGAGCAGACUGCCUGAAGAGGGGAGGGCUGAACUGGAGGAUGUUAAAGCUGCCAGAGGAGAUCAACAAAGUCCUAAAGAAAGACUCUGAAUACGUAUGUAGAUAUGAUACUUUGGUUUUCUAUACAUUUGCAAAAAACUCAAAAACUUUUUUCCACAUUUUCAUAGUGGGGUUUUUGUGUGUAGAUUUGAAGAAAAAAAAUUAAAUUUAAUACUAUUUGGAAAAAGGCUGGAAUAGAACAAAAUGUUAUAUUCCAGUGGAGUACUUUAGAUGAACUAAAGUACUCCAGUACUCCAGUUUCCUCCCACAGUCCAAAAAAAAGACUGAGGUGAACCAGUCUCUCUAAACUGAUAUGAGUAUGUAUGGGUGUGUGUGUGGGUGUGUGUGUGUGGUUGCUUGUGCUAUGUGUCUUUGUGUUCCCUGUGAUAGACUGUCUACCCCCAAUGAUGGAUUGAUGGACACUUAAAUUUGAAAAAUGAAAGGUUUCUCCUAUUAUUCUGUUUUUUACCAUCAUGAAUCAUUUUCAGAAUGUUAACUGACCUAACACAAGGUGGUUUAGUAUAUUUUAAUGUCCAACCAUGAGAAAAAUAUGGCUAUAAAAUAUAGCCAUAUAUUUUAUAGCCAUAUCAGCUAUAUCACCAUAUAAAAUAUGGUGAUAUGCUGUAUAAUAGGAUUAUACAGCAUAUCACCUUUCACAUUUGGUUUAGAUUGUAACCACUUCACUUUUUCUUUUUUACAUCAUUCAUCGUGCGACUUUGAGUUUUCUGAAAUUUAAACACAGCAGUAGCCGACAAACCAACGAUGAGCUGAAACAAGAUCAUGGCCUCAAUGAUCCACCGAGCUGAUCUGAGCAGGAGGAGCUGGCAGUCAGGAAUCAUUAUCUUUCUGCUUCUGUACACCGCUGCAUGUUUUUACCCCGUCGCCUUGGUGGCAUGAAUUACAGAGCAGGGUGGACGCAUCACAUACACUGUGACCUCUACGACCUUGUAGUGGUGGUCAUGAAAAUGAUCACAUAAGACUGGGAUCUGUCUUUAGGUUGCUCAAUUGUUAAAUAUGUGAGGGCAGGAAUAUCCCUGUUAUUAAAAUAACACAAAAUUAAAUUCAUUAGGUGAAAGACAUUGCUAUGAUGCUCACCACAAACGAAGGUUGAAUAAGUUAACUCUGGCACACUGUGUUAAAAAAAUGAUUUCUUAAAUAUUCCAUAUUGUUUUGCUU